GUGUGCACUGAGGGACGACUCAUCCUGGAGUUUACGUUCGACGACCUGAUGGAGAAUUCGCAUCUAGUGGGCACUUUGGACGUCGGCAAAUCUGCGUUAUGCGUGAUACUAGAGCCGAUGCAGGAGCUGAUGUCGCGACACAAGGCCUACGCCCUGAAUCCUCGAGACUGCCUGAAAACCACCCUGUUCCAGAAGUGGCAGCGCAUGGUGGCUCCUCCUGAGUCGCAGCGGCCGCCGAGCAAGCGGCGGAAGCGCAAGUCGUCGACGGGCACGAACGCGGCGCCGGGCGCGGGGCCGGGGUCCGGCGGCAAGAAGAGCAAGAACAACAGCCUGUCUCCCGGCCCGCAGACGUUCGCUCUGUCCUCACAGGACGUGAUGGUCGUCGGAGAGCCGUCGCUCAUGGGCGGCGAGUUUGGCGACGAGGACGAGCGCCUCAUCACGCGGCUCGAGAACACGCAGUACGAGCCGUCGAACGGCAUCGACGACGCGGACGACUACGCCGCCGCCGCCGCCGCGGGCGCCGCCCCGACGAUGACCUCUGCGGGGUCGUGGCCCGGCGGGCAGGACCGCAAGGCGGGGGCGCCGCCGGCCGGAGCGGGGGGCGGGGGCGGCGGCGGCCCCGACGUGCCCAUCAAGACGGAGUGA